GUUUCUACGUCGACAGCGUUUAGCCUCAUCAAGCUGCCUAUUAGGACCAGGAACACCCCCCCUGGCCGCAAAAGUCGUCCGGAGCCCUCCCCAAGCUCUUACCCCAACCCGCGGGGGAGCCCCCCCCUACGAAGCGCGCCCAGCACUCGCGCACAGGAGACCGGGGCUAACCGGGGCUAACCAGCGCACCAACAUACGAGGUCGGCUCUGAACGCCCCCACGCGGGACGCAAAACACGAAAUGGCCCACAAGAUGCGAACGCGGCGCCGCGCGCGCCGGGAAAAAUCGCCGCUCUUGCGCUUGCCGACGGACCUGCUCCGCAAGAUCGCGUCGCACACGGUCUCGCCGGCCGUCGUCGUCGCGGUGGGCAAGUUCGCGCCCGAGCGGGCGGCCCUGCGCAAGGGCACGGACGCGGCCGAGCGGUCUCGGUUCGGAGGCAUCGGGAUGACGGUGCGAGAGGCGGAGCACGAACUCCGGACGCGGUAUCGGAACAUUGUAGACGAGAGCUCCCUGGCGUCUCGCGAGGCGGCCGGACGGGCCUUCUCGCGGAGGAACAUCGUCCGCACGGACGAGCGCCACCCGGACGCGCCCGCGAACCGCGACGACUGGGUGCUGGAUGGCGAGUACGACCCGCGACGCGUGUUCGUCCCGUUCCGGUUCAUGCGGACCCUGAUCGCCUAUGGCGCUAAACUGUCGCGCGAAUGCAUCCCGCUGCACUACGUGGCGGGCUGUCCCUCGGCCGGCUCGGUCGAUGUAGCCCGCCUCCUCCUCGCGGCCGGCGCCGAUAUCGACGCCGAGUGCGAGCCGGACGACGGUGCGGGCACCUGUGCGCUCGCCUGGUGCAUCGAAGCCCGCCCGGCGCGCGCCGCAAAGUACGAGUUGGCGACGUUUCUCAUCGAGGAGGGCUGCGACGUCGUCAAGGCCGACGCCGGCUACCUGGUCGCGAGCGGCGCCGACUUGCUCAGGAAUCUCGAAGACGAACCGCUGACGCCGGCGAACCAGCGCCUCAUCGACCUCAUAAAAUCCGCGCUCAACGUGGAGGAGAGCACGUACGAAGCGGCGUUCGAGGUGGCGCAGCAGCGUCUGGAUGCGCACCGUGAGGCCUUCUAUGCGAGGAUGAAUGCGUAUACGAGGCACAUCCCCUGGUACUAGUACGAUGCUCAAGCGGCGCGUUGCAAUUCAAGGGCUAGUUGCUCCGCCGUUCUGUUCGGUUGCUAGGGCAGAGACGGGUUAGGUGGCCCCGGGACUUCUAAAAAAGCAACAGGAAAAAACUAAUCACCCG